GUUUCAUUCGCCUCUCAAUUCGGCCAACCGAUCGAAUACCCCUUCGUAACCGGCAUCCCCAACCAUCCCGAAGUCAUCGAAGUCUCCAAAAAAGCCACUGACACAGGUUCAAACUUUGGCGGCGUCUGGCAUUCCGACACAACGUACUUAUCGGACCCACCAAUGGGGACUCUGCUGCAAGCACUGGAGAUCCCACCCUUCGGCGGCGGCGACACGAUGUUCGCGAAUCAGUACGCCGCGUAUGAGUCGCUCUCGCCAGCACUGAAGGGCAUUCUGGAUGGCCUCAAAUGUAUUCAGUCAAGCGCCAAGGCAGAUACGACGAAGACUCGAGAGGACCGAGUUAAAGACUCUGGCAAAGGAAGUGGAGACUUGGAAGAAGUGCAUCCCGUCGUGCGUACGCAUCCUGAAACAGGGCGCAAAGCGCUGUACGUCAACGUAGCGCACACGACGAGAUUUGAGGGUUGGACGGAAGAGGAGAGUAGAGGACUGUUGGAGUUCUUGUGGAAGAUGCAAGUGAGGAUGGAGUUCACGUGUCGGGUGAGGUGGCGGCCGGGUAUGAUUGCAUUCUGGGACAAUCGGUGUACGCUGCAUUAUCCGCUGAAUGAUUAUCAUGGGUAUGCGAGGAGGAUGCAUCGGAUUACGCUGGCGGGUGAUCGGCCG